AUGUUUUCGUUUCAAAAACUUUCGUUGACACCGCUGUUGAUUGGUCGUUUGCAGUUUGCCGCACUAAUUUCGUCAUGCAAAGUGGUGACAGCUUUGUGGAAUUAUUUUAUACUGUGCAGUUAUUUCUGGAUUUUUGUGGAAGGCCUCUAUCUUCAUAACGCCAUUUAUUUCAAUAUUUUCGUCGAACCAAAAGUAUCACCGUAUGCUUUUAUUGGAUGGGGUACGUUUACGAUUCUUCUGCAUGCUCGUAAAAUGUGA